UUCUGAAAUGUGAGAAUGCAGCGUUAUCUUAGGACUCUUGCCUUUUGUCAAAAGGCUACAAGUGUAUAACGUAAACCCUGGUUUAUUUAACUGUAGCUACUCAGCGAGGAGAUGACUCAAAUUAUUUAUAGAAUUAUUUUUAAAUAUAUAAACUAUAGCCUAACUUUACAUUAGGUUAUACUGGUACCAAGGUUAGCCACCGUCUUUAAACCGUGUUGAAUUGGACUUAUUGUGAAUAUUGCUACAUAAACUAAAAAUGGUAAACUAAGGGUUUCAAGUGACUAUCAUUUAUUUUAACGAGCACUUCCUCCAAUUCAUUCUUAAGACCCAUAUUGCAGGAGGGGUUAUCCACAGAUUCUCAGUGUUGUAGUCAACCUUAAUAAGUCUGUUGCGGUCAUUGAGCGGAAUAACAGCUUGUUUGUUAGACUAGCUACAAACUGAAGCCAUGGACAGUGAAAAAGAAUGCGAAAUGACAAGAACGAAACGAAGAGAACGUCAGGCGGGACUGGAGACGGUAGGCAGUAACAUGGGGCUGUGUGGAUGGCUUCUGGUCUUAUUCUCUAUCCUGCUGACUCUGCUCACCCUCCCUGUGUCCAUAUGGAUGUGCAUAAAGAUCGUGAAGGAGUAUGAGCGAGCCAUCAUCUUUCGUCUGGGACGUAUUCUGCGCGGGGGGGCCAAAGGACCAGGUCUGUUCUUCAUUUUGCCCUGUACUGACAGCUUCAUCAAUGUGGAUAUGCGCACCAUCACCUUUGACAUCCCUCCCCAGGAGGUUUUGACCAAAGACUCUGUGACAGUGAGUGUGGACGGGGUGGUGUACUACCAUGUGCAGAAUGCCACCCUGGCAGUAGCCAACAUCACCAACGCCGACGCAGCCACCCGCCUCCUGGCUCAGACCACCCUGCGAAACGUGCUGGGCACCAAGAACCUGUCGGAGAUCCUGUCUGACCGCGAGGAGAUCGCUCACAGCAUGCAUUCUACGCUGGAUGACGCCACCGACGACUGGGGAAUCAAGGUGGAGCGGGUGGAGCUCAAGGAUGUGAAGCUUCCGUUGCAGCUCCAGAGGGCCAUGGCGGCUGAGGCGGAGGCUGCUCGCGAAGCCCGGGCCAAGGUGAUUGCAGCAGAGGGGGAGAUGAACGCCUCGCGGGCACUGAAGGAGGCCGCCAUGGUGAUCGCGGAGGCGCCCUCCGCCCUGCAGCUGCGCUACCUGCAGACCCUCAACACCAUCGCAGCGGAGAAGAACUCCACCAUCGUCUUCCCUCUGCCCAUCGACAUGAUGCAGGGCUUCCUUAAGCGCUAAGACCCCACCCAGGAGGCUCCACCCACUUACCCCACCUAGCAUUAGCAUUGUGUUUCCAAAAAGAGGUGGGCUUGGCUGAGUCUUGUCAGUUUGCGCUUUCUCUUUUCAUGAAAGGAAAUUGUAUUUAUGACUGUUCAAGUCUUUUGCUGCCCAGCUAAUCUUUACAGUGGUUUCGGAAAUGGUGUUAAGUCAGCGCUACGUUAACAGGGCUUUUGUUGAACGCUGUGAGUUCUCGCUAGUCUGUGAUCUUCAGAGAGACAGUUAGGCAGUGGGUAUCAGCAUGCAGUUUCACAGUCUCUUGCAUUUAGCGAUUGAAAAAGGUCAAUGAUGAAACUGAAAAUAAUUAAGUACUCACCAUUUGUAAAAAUGUUUUAAACUCCAAUGUUUUAUACACCAGUACACAUGUACAACAUUCAUAUUUCAUAUUGCUCAUAACCUCAGGAUGAAAUGCCCUUAAACUCGAUUGAAUAUAUGUAUCAUGUACAUUUUAGUAAGAUUGAAAGGAAUGUCUUGUUUUUAUUUUGGGAGAUAAAAUGCCAAAGUCUAACUGUGUUUCAGAAGGUAUCUGAAGAUAUAUUUACUUUACUCUCCGGUCCUUGCUACUCCUGCACUACUACUACUUAAGGUGUUAGUAAUAGUGCCAUUGGGAGUUUUUCAAAGGCUACUUCUUUUGACCUGUAUUUCUGUUCUCUAACACUAAACGCCCCUUGCUAAGACUUGCUGAAGCCACUUCCUAAAUGAUCAACAAAUUUUCAUACGUAAAACAUUCAGCUACCACAAAGGUGUCCAGUCUUAUCCAAGGAGGUAGAUUGGGGAGCAAGGCUAACCUAUAGAACUUGCAUGAAUGGUCAAUCCUUCAUUCGUACGAACCAAUAAAAACACAUUGUUCUCCACAGCUAAGCUCAAUGAUUGAUUGAAAUCAAUGAGCAUAUUAAUGAUGCACAUUUUUCAUUUUGCGAAUCCUCAUUCUCCCAAUGCAAAAAGAAGGGCAGGUUUAGAUUCAGUCUUUCACUUUAGCUUAGCACUGCGACACCCAAUACCUGAAAUAGUGAUGGUCUUCAAUCAGACCAUCGCUGUUGAGUUGUGUGGUUCAGUUCUGGGAUAGAACAAAAAGCUCUGCCCAUGUCAGUCCUUGGUGGAUGAGGAUGGGCACCCGUGGUUUUCACCAGAAAGCUUUUCUGUUUGUUCUUAAUUGUAUUUUUGCUCUUGGUCUUUCGAUCGCUUACCGUUGAUUACUGUAAUUCGAGCUUUUAAACUGAAACCUUGAGGAUAAGACUGAAAUUCAGAAUAAGUGUUUUCUAUGUGAGUAGUUCUCAAACUUGGUCCUGGGGACCCCUGUAUAUGCUGGGAUUUUUUAAUUAGAUUCAUUUUUGAAGGAUUAUUUACCUUCUUAAGCUACAUUGUCAGAAAUAGCUGGAUGAGGACUAACAGGUCAAUAUUCGCAUUUUGCAAUUAGCAAAUAAUUAAUAAUAGAAAGAUAAAACAUUUUGAACUGAUCAAAUUAAAGACUGAUGUGACUCAAUAAGCUCCUAAUUGGUGAAACUGGACACCUGGCCAUUAAAACUAACCGGUAGAUAACGAAGAGUUCAAAGACAACUGAAAUAACGAGUUAAACCUGCAUUGCGUUAAAGAAUUCAAGGAAAAAAUUAUGAAAGAAUUUGAACACAUGUUCAGUAGCCUUAACUGAGCUUCAGAUUGGCUGUAACAAAAAAAAAAAAACAUUUACACAAGGGUCCGCAGGACUGAGUUUUCUCUGAGGGAGAGAGCCAGUAUUCUAGGUUACAAAUAUAGGAAUGCUCUCAAACCUUUUUGCAUUUCUUGAUGAUUGUUACAUUUGCGGAUUCAUAUUUCAUAUUUAUUGUCGUGUUUUAGCAGCAACGCAUAGCCAUAUAACUCUUAUUUGACGUUUAUUGAUGCACUUAUUAAUGUGGUUUCCUUUUUGUCUAUAUAUGUGUGUGUGUGUAUGUCUGUAUGUAUGCACGUACAUAAUCAUACAUUUUAAUAUGUGCACCCUAGAUUCCUUUCUACGAUUGCUGUAGGAUUUCUGUUAUUUUGAAUGUGCCUUCUAUUUUUUUUGAAUAAUCUGAAUUCAGGUGUUGCUGGGCUAUGGUUCCCAGAUUUGUAAACCAAAAACCCACCGAAUGAGCAAAUAAAUGUUUUAAUUAAAACGUAGCCUGACACGUAUUCAAAUAUGGAGUCUAAACAUUGACAUGAAAUACCAGAUGAGAUGAGUACAAUAACUAGCACAGCACACAGUUCAGCAUUUAAUCAUUUGACUGCUAUUGUUGUGAAGUAUGUUUAUAUAGCAAGUUGAUGUGCACUUCCCCCUUCCAACCAACCUGUUGGGUCCUGGCUCUCUCACUGUCUCUGGAGCAGAGAAAAGUAAAUGCCAAAGUGAGAGAAACCACAAGUCUAGCUGCUUAGCUGGAAUGAAGGACAGUAGAUAGCUUGAGGAUGAAUGGGCUAGAUCUGUCAAUUCAGGAUUUGUCUGCAGCUAUCCACGCAAAAGCCAUUUUUUCUAAAAAGUGGUUGGAACUAUUGUUUUUCUUCAAAAUUAUUUGGGAUGGUAAUGUCCAUUCCUCCUACUUCGUAUUACUACUUUGUAAGGGCACCUGUUGCCCCACUAAUAAAUGUAAAAUCACUUUCCUUUCAGAA